AACAUGAGAGUGAGAGAGAGAGAGAGAGAGGGAAAGAGUGAGAGAGGCAGUGAGAGGGAAAGGGGGCAGCCCCUCUGGUGCUCUCUGGUGGUUCUUGCAGCAGCGUCACUGUUGCUUGAUCCUCAACAGUCCAGCUGUGGCAUCGUGGUUCAUGCAGGACUCAGUGAAAACACUGUAAACUCCUCUAAUCCCAGUGGACAGAACCAAAAGGACAGAGCCGGGAUUUCCUCUUGAAAAUUUUUCCUUUUUUUCUAAAGAUUUUCUGGAUUCUCAAGAGUUCUGCAACUUUGUGAACAAUUUAUCUUUGAAUACAGUUGGAUACUUUUUUUAUUUUUGGAGAUCAUGUUGCUGUUUCAUACUCUGGAAGGACAUCCAGGAACGGAUCCUUUACCUUUUGAAAACUUACAGUCAAGCCUUCGAAGGUGUGACAUGUAAGAGAAGUGAAGAAUGAAUAUUAAGUAGGAAGACUGUAAAUUUAAACACAUUAUGCUUGUUAAAAGACUUCCUGCUUUCGUUGACUCGGACUUUAAUGACAGAUCUUCAUUUUUCUCCUGUUGAGUCGAGCUGGUGAAUAAUGGAAGGACACGUGAGCGCUUCGAAUGUGACAAACCUAACGACAGCACCUUAUCACCUUGCACUGGGACCCUGGAGCCUGGUCAUACUGGUUCCCAUUAUACUGACCAUAGUGAUAGGAAACCUGUUGGUCAUCAUCGCUGUAACCCGAACUUCACAGCUACAAACAACAACAAACAUUUUCAUUAUGUCGCUGUCGUUCGCCGACCUCAUCAUGGGGGUCCUGGUGGUGCCUCUCGGGGCCACAAUCGUGAUGACGGGGAACUGGCAGCUCAGUGACACAUGCUGUGAUAUUUGGACUUCUGUGGACGUCCUGUGCGUGACUGCAAGCAUCGAGACUCUUUGUGUAAUCGCCGUAGACCGGUAUAUAGCCAUUACAAGGCCGCUGCGACACAAAGUCCUUCUAAAUAAGAGACGUUCAAGAGUAAUAGUUUGUUUAGUUUGGGCUGUUUCCGCCUUAAUUUCCUUUGUACCGAUUAUGAAAGGGUACUGGCGUGAUGAGGAGGAUGAAGCAGCAAAAAGUUGCUACGAUGACCCCAAAUGUUGUGACUUUGUGACCAACAGGGCCUUUGCAAUAAUCUCCUCCACUGUGUCGUUCUACAUUCCUCUGCUCAUAAUGAUAUUUGUGUACGCCAAAGUCUUCCUGAUAGCCACACGGCAGGUCCAGCUCAUAGAUAAGAAUCGAAUGCGUUUCCAGAAUGAGUGUCUAACAUCGAGGAUACCGAGUUCCCACCACCUUAACAAUAUCCUACCAUCCACAUGUCCAGGGUCCAACAACUGCAACAACGUAGAGCGGAGAAAGGGCUCUAAGCGGAGGCCGUCACGACUCAUCCUCAUCAAAGAGCACAAGGCCCUUAAGACUCUAGGUAUCAUCAUGGGGACAUUCACUGUAUGCUGGCUUCCUUUCUUUGUGGCCAACAUCAUCAACGCAUUCGACAAAAGCGUUCCCUCAGAGAGGAUCUUCAGACUCUUGAACUGGCUCGGAUACAUAAACUCCGGUCUCAAUCCUAUCAUCUACUGCAGGAGUCCGGAGUUUCGUACGGCGUUCAAGAACCUGCUGGGCUGUCCGUGGCUGUCAGCCCUGCAGCUUAACAGUUUUUAUAAAGGGCUGCGGACUCGCUGCUCCUGCUUUCUGUGGCAGGCUGAUUCAGGCACAGCCGGCUCCUUUCAGAAAACUCCAACAUGUAUGAUGGAGGGGAAUGACAGCCUGACUAGUACUCAGGGAAGCAGAAAGAGUGAGGAGAUCUCGUCUGGUCCUCUGCAGUCCAACGGCAGCAUACAGUUCAGCGACUCUUCAGAACCAGAAACCACAUUGUAAGUGUCCUUAACCUUUUUUUUCUUUAACUCUCGCUGCAGGGUCAUUUUUGCUUUUUACAUAAUAAACACAGAAAUAGUUUAAACUGAGAUCAGAUGUUGAUAAAGCCAUCUCUAAUUGAUGAGCACACAGUAACCAUAACAGCAAAGUUAUGACGUGUACAAAGAGUUGAUUAAUGAGUUUCGUUUGAAUUCAUGAUAUUAUAUAAUAAUCUGGUAUUUGAACAUCUUUAGGGCUUUCUACAUUUAGUACAUUUGGGUAAAUCUUAAUUAAGGGCAUUAACUUUCAGAUCAUAUCUCCAUGAAACUGAACAGAUGUUACAUCUAUGGCUUCUAAGAAAUCUCUUCUUUUUCCUCACCAGGUCAACUCAGGAAAAUGUUAUAUAAGUGUGUUUCGUUGGCUUCCAUGCUACAGGGCUUAAUUUAAAUAAAAAAGUAAAAGUGUUUGAUAAAUAACAAUGAUAACAACAAUUAAUAUCAGACAUUUAUCAUGUUUGAUAUCAGCCGUAAAUCUUACAAAAUUAUGAACAUAAAAUUGAUAAAAGCCAUAUUGUUUAUAGAGUAUAAGUUUUUAUCUAAUUGUCCUCAAAUUAUUGUUGUUACCUGCUUUUACUCAUUAUGAAGCAUAGGUCAAUAAGCCUACAUCAUUGCUUUUUGGGAUAUAUUGUUCAUGCCUUAUAUAAUCCUGCAGAUUACACAGUGAGUCCAGAUAUAGAGAUUUACUGGUAUUCCUGAUAUUAGCUUCACACUACAAAAUAAACUCUCACAAGUCUCCAAAAAGGAACACAAACCCUAACCCUAACUUUUUAAAUGCCUUCUGUGUGUUUCAAAAAUAAAGAAAUCCAUAUCCCUGUAUGAUCACAUCAGCCAGUUUCAGUCACUAAAAACAAUAAACUAAGUAGAACAGCAGAAAAAUUAAUCAUAUUUAAUGUGUUGACCAGUGUUGGAUUAAAAGUGUAUCAGUUUUGUGUUGACCAAUCAUCAAUCUCUUAUUUCAGCAUAAUCAGACUUUUUAUAUAUAAUUAUUAGCACAUUAUUUACAACAGCUUUUUACAUUUUAUGGUAUAGAUCUCUUCAACAGUAAAUAUAGCAACCUUAGAGUCUGAUAGAGUAUGCAUAUUUGAAAAAUAAAGUGGAAAUAUAUUACUGCACAUUCAGUAAAACCACUCAAUUCUGUGGAAAAGACUUUCAGAGAACUACAUGAGACAUCUCUGAUAUCUGUUCGUGUGUCUUUGUGCCUGUCUGUGGGCCUCAGUGUGCCCUACCCUACACCCCCUGCAGCUGAUAAAUCUUUAUCACUCACAUACAAGACUUCCCCCGGAACAGAGUGGCUGUUUACAACCCUGACAACCAAUGAGGACUAACCUCUCUAAACCAGAUUAACCGGGGUGGGACGGCUUCAUAUUUGGGUUAUCAUCACUUCGAAGAACAAAGUGACAGACUCGAUGAAACCAAUGAUAAUAGCCAUUUUAAAACUAUAAUUUUCAGGAAGCUUCUUCUGGUUGUAACAUCAGUUCAGGAUAACCUUUGCUUGUUUUUCACACAUUUUCUGAUUUAUGGUUGUUUAACUUGUAAUAGCUUAUUCUAAAAUCUAAAAUACUGUUUGGCCUAUCUUACAAAAAAAGUUGCAUGAGCAGCACUACUUUUAUAAACUAAAAUUUGACUCCAUGUGUAUUUGUCUUUGCCAUUUUGUAAUAACUGAGUCUGAACUCAAAGUUCUCACUAAAAUAAAUGCAUCUAAACAAGUUAUUAAAUAAUUAUUGUGAUUGGUCCAAUUUUAGAAAUCCAAUUAUACAUUCACAAGAUGAAUAUGAGUUGAAUUGGGAUUAUAUUUACUUUGAGAAAUAGGACAUGUGAAUUCCCAGAAGUAAUCCCAUUUUAUGAUAAAUAUUUACCCUGCUCUCAGUAUAUCACUUUCUUUUUCCCUUACAUGACACCCUCUCCAGUGGUGUUUUCUCAGACAGAAUCAGUGGGACAGUAAAAGGAGAAAGUCUCCCUUAAAAGGUUCCUGUUGUGCUCUGUGGUAAAUCUGCCCAGAGGAAAGACUCAGAGGACUCACUCUGCGAUUUUAACAGGAUUACAAUCUUACAAUCAUAAAUUAGACCAGAUGUUUGAGAGGGACUCUGGGGAGGCACAAAGAUGUUCACAGGUGUAGACUGAACUAUAUAUGCUCCUCAGUCCUCCCUAACAACUCUAAAUAUCUACUAAACCAGCAACAAACAAAACCAAUUUAGCUGCGUACUUUCUUUAAACCCGGUGACAACAUGCAGCAGCAGGUGUGAAAGGAGGGAACGAUUACCGACAUGAAUGGUUACCUGGGAAAAGUGUCUGCACCACUGCACAGCGGCGGAGUGGCCAUCAUCAAUAGUAACUUUGUUUUCACUGAAAUACAUGCAGGCAUAUCACUGCUGCCCUUAUCAACAUCAACAGCAGCCUCCAGCUUCUGUCACGUAUGCACUAUGUUUCCAGACAUGUGCUAUUUGUCAAGGAUUCCCUUUAACUGUGCUGCUGAUGACAGUCAAAUGUCUGUAGUUGUCAAAGUGGAAGUGGCAGCAGACAUGUAAAAUAGUGGUGUUCGCAUGAGGUUUUUACAGAUAUGCCAUCCUUUGUCUGUAAUGUUUCUAUAGGAAAGUCAGUGAACAGUGUAUUAUUUUGGAGAUAACGUGAUUAUCUUCCAACAAAAACUCUACAACCUAACCAAAACGUGAGUGAGUCAUGGACAACAAUUGCACAACAAAAGCACAUAGGUUAUGUAAGCCUGUAGGUGUAUUUAAUGGUUGAAUUUACAAACCUCACAUGCUCCAGAAAAUCUAUAACCUUUGCAUUAACCUUAGAGUCUGAGAGGAUCAACAGUAGGGAAUUACCUGUCAACAUACUGCCUGAAAACAGCUCCAUGCAUGGCCAUGAAAUCUGCUCCGUGUUAAGCAUGAAAAGAAUAGAAAGUGCUGAGAUAUCAUGCGAAAAGAACACUGGACUGGAUUUUGCUAUACGCUUAAGAUGCAUGACAUGCAGUGCAGGUGCUCUCACUGUCUAGACAGGCUUUCACUGUAUUUUGAAAACCUUUUAUUUAUGAUAUAAAUGGAUACAUGUUCGUAUUCUCGGCGUGCCAUCCUGUCGAGAUGGUAGAGUGAGUCGUUUGUAGCACAAAUGCUGACUCACGACAGUCACCAUUAGAGGCUCAUUAUACCAGAUGAUUGUGUAAAUACUGCAGACAUGUUAGCUGACAGCUCAUGAGAACAAAUCUAAAAGGACAUUGUGUUUAUAAAGCUGGCAUCUGUGGAUUAAGUAGCUGUUACUGGAACAGACUGUAUCAUUGGGUGUAAUUGUGUGUCCCACCCAAGUGCUGUACCCACCCAGAGUUUCAAUAGAUGCUGUGUCAUUGCAGAAUAAACGUAAAAAUACAGCAGGCAGGUAAAGAAAUGUGAAUAUAGCCACUUUUUUAUGUAUAAUGCGCAGUUAAGGAAAAGUCACGUGUAUAACGAGAACUGAAGUACGGGUGUGUGAUUGACAAAGCUGUCUGCGUCACGCUGCUGCUGCUAAUGCAUGACAGCUUUCACCUCAAUGUGACUCCAAACAGGCUGACUGCCGGUGUAAUAAGUCAGGGCGCCGCAGAGCAUGCCAUUUGGCACACAUUACAGAUAGUUUGAUGUAUCUUUAGACAGACUUUUGUUCACUAGAUUAUGUAUUUUUCCCGUCUUCUUUCUCUUUUUGGUGAAUUUAGCUGUCUUAGAGUUUGAUCAGGGACAAGCCAGCAUGAAACAAGGAGCAAGUUAAAGCAAAGCAUGGUGGUUUUGGCCUUAGGGAAACCUCAACUCUCCAUUUCAAGCCUGGCUGAUAUCAGAAACAAUCACAUUGAAGCACGCUCCAUCUGGGAGUUUGGAAAACACUUGAAAACUGUUUAAGUCCACAUUGAUAAGGUUUGGACGGAUGAAACAUCAGUAACAUGUGUGCUUUUUUUCAUGUAAUUAAAACAGAAUGGAAAGGCAGAACAUCAAUGACUUCAACAUUUGGUGUUAAGUGUGUGCAUUACACCAGAACUGAAAGAUUAUAUAACAUGAGUAUUUCAAUACUAAAGAUUGUAGUUUUUCAGCAGUUUGGGCUCAGUCCCUUUGAAACACUGAACUAAUUCACAGUGUAAUUUCUUGAUUUUCAUGCCACUGGGUGUUGAAACACUAUCAGAAAGUCACCCCAGGAACAGCUGUAUGAAGUUAAAGGGAUAUUCUGGCUUAAAAUUAAUUCAGGGUGAAACACACCGUUACACCUAGUAAGACACCCUGUCGAGAGAUGAAUGUUGCCGACCACUUGCUUCUCUUGUUAUACCAACUUUAGUAACGACCGCACGAUAGCAAUACACAGCGGUCUGAGGAGCCAUAAACAAACCAAAACAGCACUGUAUAGCCACAAAUAAUGCUCAGAACAGCACCUAACUUCAUCAACAGUACAUAUAGGGUCCCAGCCACAGCACUAGCCAACAAACACCUUUUUAACUUUGCCUAAUUUCUUUAGCAAAGAGACUAAACAGAACUCACCUACUCUCUUCCAGCAGCCGCUUGUUUGUAUCGAGGUGACGCAGCUCAAGGAAGAACAGUUAUGAUCAUUUCUUCUUCUGAAACGCUAAGGCAGAAGAACUUCUGCGUCUGCAGUGCAAAAUGAUCAAUAUGAUGAUUAUUACUUUGAGGAAAUGAUAAAGUAGUGAUCACAAAAUGUUCUUGAUUGAGCUGCAGAUCGUAAUGGACUGGCCUGAGGUCUCGCUACAAACAAGCGGCUGCUGGAAGAGAGUAGGUGAGUUGUGUUUAGUCUCUUUGUUUGGCAUGCAUGUCACUUGGAGGGAGGGGUUUAGCGGAGUUGCAAGAGGCAACAGAGGGAGAUGCAAAAGUUUUCUUUUUCAGUGAUUAUGUUGCUUAUUCUACUAAUUAUGCAUCAUUAGCACCUCUGCUAUUGAACUUAACUCACUAAAUCAGCCAGCUGAUAAACCUAUGGUUAAACAAAGACAGCCAACCUAACCUGGUCACUAUGCCCACUUCCAGUACAGUUAACACAACACAGUCUUAACUGACGCCAAAGAAAGAGGCGCUGAAGGCCAAAUGGUCCAGGCGUGCAUCCCAAAAACAGAUAUUACGCCUUAUGCGGUUUGAAUCCAUCCUGAGCCCCUUCCCCAUAUGUCACUCCCAGGUACGCAGCGGUACGCGGUACCGCGAAGACAUAAACAGCAGUUUACCGUCGGUACGCAGCGGUACUCAAACUUUCACUCUUGCAGUGUCUGUAGGCUACAUUUGCUUACCGUGUUGCCGCACGUCAGUCUGCACUCUGCGUUGUAACCGUAGUAAUCCAGUAGGAUCAUGCUGCUUACAAGUGAGUCGUAUCUGCUUCCGCAAACAAACGUUAAGUGGACACGCGCACAGGGCCCACUUUUGAUUGGACGCUGGUUGUCUAGGCGCCUUUUGCGGAAGGAGGAAACUUUUAAAGAGAGAGCUGCUUCAAUUUUACUGCAGAAAUAAAACAAAAUACAGAGAAAAAUUUGAUUUUAUGUUCAAGAGAAAGAGAGAUGCAGCAGAUGAUCUGAACACCUCAUUAAAUUUGGGUGUGCUCCUCUAAUACAAAGCUUACGGGUACAGUACCUGCAAGAACCUUAUCCUACUUUAACCCCUGGUCACUCCCUGUUUUCUCUCCCUGAUCAUGUUAUAAAUAUUUCUUUGCUAUACAGGAAUAGAUAAUGGAAUUAGUCUCCUUAAAUUCCAUGCAAUAAAAUCUACAUAUAUUUGUCAGUGAUGUCUGCAGUUUGUGAUUUAAAACAAACCAUGAAUCAAAUGUGAGUAUCAGGUUUAAUAGAAUGUGUAAUACAAUAUUCCCGGGGUCUUUUCCAUUAAAUCAUUUAAAUGCAUUGGCUUAAAAUUACUCUUCAUCUUAUCACAUGAGUCGAACAGACCACCAGCCUGCAGAGAUUUACUGCACAAACUGAGUUUACAACACUUUGGGAAUUCUGCUGAAGCCACAUUGUUAAUGGUUUCCUGCAUAUUUUUCUCCCACAUGCAUUCACAUUUCUGUGAAGCUUACAGGUCCAGGUGGUUUAUGUCUUCCUGUGGAGACAUGUACAGUGGAGGUGAUAGCAUCAGAAUUCCUGUUUUGUCGAGGGGAAUAAAGUAUGCCCGAGUAUAAAUAGAUGAGGGAUACUUUACAUACGUCUCUGUAGUUUAAGUAUGAAAAAGUAAAUAAAAAGGGAGCGGACGCAGCAGUGAUACAGGUGCUGUUUUCCACGCUGGGGUAAUUAUGACAGAACAGCAAAUUAUCUUAAGGCAACCAGCAGUUGGCGUGGACUCAUAGAUUUGUUAUCAGAGUGAAAAUGAAGUGCUGUUCACCGAUGGAGGCAAAAUUCACACAAAACCCCUGAUUUGUUGAAAGCUUCUAUCCCACAGAGACAACUUAAACUUACUUUUCACUUACACAAAACUAUGGGCUUCAUACAGGUGUGCAGUAAACUAAUUCCACCACUGUGUGACUUUUAUUGUUGCUAGUUUACACCCACCUUUGAUUUUUGUAUGCACAUGUUGUGGUUUUAGUGCAAACUCAAGGAAGACUCUCAACUGAGGAGCGGUCAUAGCCACUGUGUUCAAUAAACCACUGUCAAUGAUGAGCAAAAGAAUAUACAAACAAAUACAUAAAAAUAUUACGGUGUGGGUUAUCUGUGUAAUUCUAAUAUGUCUGUUUCUUUUCAGCUACACAUUGCAGGAGAAGGACGGAUGAACUGAUAAAUGUCAACCUACUGAAAGAAACAUCUUUCUCCAGAUGUUACAGUGAUACCUGCAGAGGCUGAGACCCAACAGGACCGAGAAGCUGGAGAGGAGUAACCCCACCGCGCCCGACAAACGAGGAUGGCACAGGAGGACUGUGAAGAAACAGCUGAUUUGAUCCGUGCAGGAACACUUAUUGUAUCGUAUUGUUAUCAGAAGUCAGGUGACACUUGAGUUUAACUUGUGUCAUCAUAAAACUGUUUGGAGACUGGAGACUCAACGUUCACAGAAAGGAUUGUACUUAAACUGAGGUUUGAAGAGCAUUCCAGUAAAACUUUGGACAUGUAUGUGGCCUUGUUUGGAAAAAAAGGACUUUUAUUGUCUGUUAAGUUCAUUAUUUAUGAUACACUGAAUCUGUGGCAGAAUACAAACAUUGUCUAACUUAAAACAUGACAAGCCUGACUCCAUUGUCUACAUGAGAAACAAAAAUGUUCAUGGCACAAGGUUUUCAGUUUAACUUAAGCUUACUGGAGAUGAUGCAUCCAAGUUUUCAAUGAUGGUGCCUGAUUUUCAGUCUAACCAUGACCAAAGAAAAUGUUUAUUUCUUAUUUGCUGGCUUCAAAUCUCGAAAAAAUCAAACCUCAACACCAACACUUGAGAAGGGUGUUGCAAUGCUCUGGUUCAGAAUAUUUACACAAAUUUAACCAAACCUGCAACAGCCAAAGCAACAUCAGCAAAAAUCUGACACUUUUUUUGCAACUUAUUUAUCUUGCUUAUUGCUGUUGACAUGCACAACAUUAAAUACAAUUUCUCCAAGAUAAAUGAAGAUAUAAGAACUUUAUUUAUCCAAGAGGGAAAAUUCAAUAAGCAGACAAUCAACAUCAAGCAACAUCUUGCAUAAUCAUUUCUCUUUCAUAAAACUAAAAGUCCAGCCUUAAACUGCAGAUGUACUCUCAGUUGGUAAGAGUGGAGGGACUGAAUUAACCAUCAAUAUGAAUGAUUAUCCAAGGUAAAAUAUUGAAAACUGUAUAAAACUUUGGCAAAACAUCUGAUAAAUAUUUCCAGUGCACUUCCUGGUAUAUUCAGAAACACUUUUUAAAAUCCAAUCCAAGAAUCAGAUCAAAAGUCCAAUUACAGUACAUCACAGUAAUGGAGGAAACACCAUCUCAGUGCAGUAUGUUAUAUCGUUAUACUGAAACACCUUGUGGAGCAUUAUUUCCAACAUGACGUCAUCUGUUGAAUCAAAAAAUAAAAAUAUCAAUAAAACUAUGUAACAUGGGUCACAUGUGCUCUGUGUACAAACUCACUAUGAGUAAGUAACAACUAAAGGCUGUACUACGAUUGAUGAUUAUAUAUAAAUGUACAGUGUUGACAUUAAAACACCAGAGGAUUUGGAUUAAUGUGGUUCACUAUCCUGAAAACUUCAA